CACCCGACCACUCCGGGCAGACUGGCUCUGGAGCAAAUAAUACUCAUCCCCACUUAACAUGUCAAUCAGGAUUAAUGCCCUUCCAAACCUCCCCUCUAGGUUCAUCCAGGUCCUUUCACUGGUGCGAGCAGCGGGGCCAGGGCAGAGGCGGCCGUAUAUAAAGGGCAGGACGGGGGACAGCAACACAACACCAGAGCCCCAGCGGUGUGAGCAGCGCGCACCGCGGAGCUCUCUGCGCCUCGACCAGCGGGGGACCCACUUGCGCACGGGAUGCGCGUCGACUGUCAUGUCACGGCGUCUGCCUUUUAAAAAAAUUAAUAUAUGUGUAUAUAUUUGGCCCGAGGACCACUCGUGCAAGCGCUUCUGGGGCAGCAGGCGAGAUCGUUUGCAUGCGGAUAAACUCUCACCAGCAGCAGUUCGCGAGUCGCCGGUUCGUGCACGCAGAGCUGCCCGCGCGCCCUCUCCGCCAUGGAUCUGAGGAGCGCGUGUCGGAUGUGCCUCUUCCCGCUCCAGAUGUUCUACUAUGUGCUCCGAGCCGGUUUGUUUUCGCUGCUGCCCAGCAGAAGGAAGGACCUGACCGGGGAGGUGGUACUGAUCACCGGCGGGGGACGAGGCAUCGGACGUCACCUGGCCAAAGAGUUCGCCAAGCAGGGGGCCAGAAAGGUGAUCCUAUGGGGCCGAACAGAAAAGUGCCUCCAAGAAACAGCAGAAGAGAUCUGUCUCUCGGGGACAGAGUGCCAUUACUUCAUCUGUGACGUGGCCAAUCGGGAGGAAGUAUACAAGCAGGCCAAGGUUGUUCGAGAAAAGGUGGGAGACGUCUCCAUAUUGGUGAACAACGCCGCCGUCGUCCACGGAAAAACUCUAAUGGACAGCGACGACGACGCCCUCCUGAAGUCCCAGCACAUCAACACCUUGGGGCAGUUCUGGACCAGUAAAGCCUUCCUGCCUCGGAUGCUGGAGCUGCGGCACGGCCACGUGGUGUGCAUCAACUCCAUCCUGUCCCAGUCGCCCAUCCCGGGGGCCAUAGACUACUGCACCUCCAAGGCCUCGUCGCUGGCCUUCAUGGAGAGCCUGACGCUGGGGAUGCUGGACUGCCCCGGCGUCGGCUGCACCACCGUCCUUCCCUUCCACACCAGCACGGAGAUGUUCCAGGGCUUGAGAGUCAGGUUCCCACAGCUAUUUCCACCCCUCAAACCGGAGGUAGUUGCUCAGAGGACCGUUGAUGCAGUCAGAGCUGACAAGGCCUUCCUCUACCUGCCCUGGACUAUGCAUGCCCUUGUCAUUUUAAAAAGCUUCAUGCCACAAGUUGCACUUGAAGAAAUCCACAGGUUUUCUGGGAGUUACACCUGCAUGAACACAUUCAAAGGGAGGACAUGAACCUGGAUUGCACACAACGUGAGAGAGACCCGAAACCCCCUGUGGUGUUAUGAAGGGAAUAUGGACCUUAAGACGUCUGGAAGCGGAAGAGGCCCAGUGAUAGUGGGAAGACAUGCAAAGAAACAUGUUACUCCUGCAGGUAGAAUUAAUCGAUAAACUGCAAGAUACGCCCUGGUCGAAUUUUUUUGUGUGUUUGCGUGUGUGUGUGUGUGUGUGUGUGUGUGUAAUAUGGAGGACUGGAUGCCAUUCAUACUUUGAGCAGAAGCCAUGAAUAAGUCCGCACCAGUAGUUAUUCUGGGAGUUUUUCCACGACACUUGUUUUAGCCGUUUUUUUACACAUAUUUUUUAUUCACAUGCCUUUGAAUCCAAACCAGAUAAUAAAACAGAGUUUUAGA